AAUCAUGAGCUGACUCACACACUAGUCUCUUCUUCUUCUUCUUCAAUCUUCACUCUCUUCUCUUCAACUUCAAUGGCUUCAGAUCACAGUCACACAGAGACCAAAUUAGGGUUUUGAUCUGAGCGAAUUCGAAGAAAUUGAAAGAGGGGAAAUGGACGUGGAGAGAUCUUCGCUGUGCAAUUGCGUUGUGAACUUCCUCCUGGAGGAGAACUACGUGCUCACUGCUUUUGAGCUUCUUCACGAGCUUCUCGACGAUGGCCGCGACGAUCAAGCAAUUCGCCUCAAACAGUACUUCUCCGAUCCCUCCCUCUUUCCCCCCGAUCAAAUCUCUCGCCUCAGCUCUCUCCGAGUGGCUGAUCCUCAAACUUUACUGGAAGAGAAAGAAGCAGCAGUAGAAAAGUUAGCUAUUAGUGACUAUGAACUGCGGUUGGCUCAAGAAGACAUCUUAAAAUUCAAGGAUGAAUUGCAGAAGAAGACAGAAAGUCUUAAUGAACCAAAUGUUGCACGCUUAAGUGGAGAUAUUUUGGUGAAUGAAGGGCAACAAAUUCCACUACAAAAGAGUACUUCCUUCACCGAUUUGGGUCCAUUAAAGGAUACUGAACGUCGAGAUCUUAAUUGUGCUGUAAAGGAAUACUUGCUUAUGGCUGGUUACCGUCUUACUGCAAUGACAUUUUAUGAAGAGGUUACAGACCAGAACUUGGACAUUUGGCACAACACACCUGCAUCUGUACCAGAUGCCUUGCGUCAUUAUUAUUAUCAGUAUCUUUCAUCAACUUCAGAGGCUGCUGAGGAAAAAUUCUCCCUGCUUCGGGAGAACGAAACAUUACUUAAAGCUAAUAAGGUGCUGAAUCAAGAAAAGGAGGCCUUGUUGAAGAACAGAGAUUUGGCAGAUGCUCAAAUAGGAGCAUUAACUAAAUCCUUGGAGGCAAUGCACAAAGAUGUUAAGGACAAAGAGAACUUGGUGCAAGAUUUAAAACAGUCCUUGGAACAUCAAAGAAAGGUGAUCAAUGAUUGCCGAGCUGAGAUCACUUCACUGAAAAUGCAUAUUGAAGGGUCUCACUUGGGAAAGAAUCUGGUUGUUAGUGAUGUUAAUACUGUUCAAUCUCAAUCUUCAGAGAAGUAUGAGGAAGAAAUUAAGAAACUGCAGAUGGAAAUCGAAUUGCUGAAGGAAAAUAAUAUCAGAGCUCCUGAACCUGGAAAUUUUGUUGGUUCUGAAAGUGAAAAUUUUCAGACGGAUGAUAAAGUGAUUGAGAUUCAUGAAGAUCGGGCUGCUAUCUCAAACCCUGUUGAUGUGAAGAUCGGUGUAGAAGACAAUCAGGAUUCUCAAUCACCAGUUGUUCAAACUCUGAAUGAGCAUUCUGAUAACCAUGAACAUACAUUGCCUGAGUUAUUUAGUCCUGCAAAUACGAAUAGUUCUAAUCCUGCAAAUACGAAUAGUUCUUUCGAAAAUAUAAAAAAUGACUCUGAACUAAAUGUUGGGGAAAAAGCAGAGGAUACCGAACUAGUAAAAUCAGACAGCGGAUCAGGAACCAUUCAGAUACUUGCAGAGGCUUUGCCUAAAAUUGUUCCAUAUGUCUUGAUCAACCAUCGUGAGGAGCUCCUUCCUCUAAUAAUGUGUGCUAUUGAGCGCCACCCAGAUAGCAGCACUCGAGAUUCUUUGACUCACACAUUGUUUAAUUUAAUCAAGCGUCCUGAUGAGCAACAGAGACAAAUAAUAAUGGAUGCAUGUGUCAACCUUGCAAAGAAUGUUGGAGAGAUGAGAACAGAAACAGAACUGCUUCCACAGUGCUGGGAACAAAUCAGUCACAUGUACGAGGAACGUAGACUGCUUGUUGCUCAAUCAUGUGGAGAGCUUGCAGAAUUUGUGCGGCCUGAGAUUCGUGAUUCUCUUAUUUUAUCUAUUGUUCAGCAACUAGUAGAAGAUUCUGCCACUAUUGUUCGAGAGGCUGCCGCUCGUAAUCUGGCUAUGCUGCUUCCACUAUUCCCAAACGUGGAUAAGUAUUUCAAGGUGGAGGAGUUGAUGUUCCAGUUGGCAUGUGACCCAUCAGGAGUGGUGGUGGAAACUACUCUCAAGGAAUUGGUUCCUGCAGUUAUAAAGUGGGGAAACAAAUUGGAUCAUGCUUUGAGAGUUUUACUUUCUCAUGUUUUAAGCUCCGCUAUGCGUUGUCCGCCUCUUUCUGGGGUUGAAGGGUCUUUAGAGUCACAUCUCCGCGUCUUGGGUGAAAGAGAGCGGUGGAAUAUAGAUGCUCUGUUGAGAAUGAUGGUGGAAUUACUGUCUUUGGUGCACCAGAAAGCAAUUGAGACAUGCCCCUUCUCAUGCACCUCAGAAUCUGCCCAAAUUGUGCUAUCUACCCCAUUGCUUGAAUUGUAUGCUAGGGGACAAGUUGAAUGGGAAGCAUUUGAAUGGAUGCAUGUUGAGUGCUUUCCUAGUUUGAUACAGCUGUCUUGCUUAUUACCACAGAAAGAAGAUAAUUUACGGAGCCGAAUUUCUAAGUUUCUGUUAUCUGUUUCUGAAUCGUUUGGGGAUUCCUAUGUGACAUGCAUCAUGCUACCGAUAUUUUUAAUUGCCGUUGGGGAUAGUGCCGAUUUGACAUUUUUUCCAACUGCCAUCCAUUCAAGAAUUAAAGGCUUGAGGCCAAGAUCUGCUGUUGCUGAUAGACUCUCUACAAUGUGUGUCCUACCACUUCUAUUGGCUGGUGUUUUAAGUGCUCCUGGAAAACAUGAACAGUUAGUAGAAUAUUUGAGGAAGCUGCUACUAGAAGACAAAUCCAUGGAGAACCGAUCAACCAAACACAUUCCUGAGAUUAUUAAUGCUAUCCGCUUUAUAUGCAUAUAUGAACAAAAUCAUGGUAUGAUAUUUAAUAUACUAUGGGAAAUGGUUGUCAGCUCUAACAUGACCAUGAAAAUUAAUGCCGCUCAACUGCUGAAAGUUAUUGUGUCAUAUAUUGAUGCAAAGGUUGCUUCAACUCAUGUUUUGCCUGCCCUAAUUACUCUGGGAUCUGACCAAAACCUGAAUGUGAAGUAUGCCAGCAUAGAUGCAUUUGGGGCUGUAGCUCAACAUUUUAAAAACGAGAUGAUUGUUGACAAGAUACGUGUGCAAAUGGAUGCUUUUCUUGAAGAUGGUUCCCAUGAAGCUACUAUUGCUGUUAUUCGUGCGUUGGUGAUUGCAGUACCACAUACAAUAGAAAGACUUAGAGAUUAUCUUUUAUCCAAGAUUUUCCAGCUUACAGCUAUGCCGAAUGUAACAAAUGAUUUAAUGCGUCGACGAGAGAGAGCAGAUGCUUUUUGUGAGGCAAUCCGUGCUCUGGAUGCUACAGAUCUUCCUGCAAAUAGUGUCCGCGACUUCUUCCUGCCUGCUAUACAGAACCUGUUUAAAGACAUGGAUGCAUUGGAUCCAGCACACAAAGAAGCCCUUGAAAUUAUUUUGAAGGAAAGAUCAGGGGGAACUUUUGACAAUAUUAGCAAGGUGAUGGGCGCCCAUCUCGGGCUUCCAUCAUCAGUCAGCAACUUGUUUGGUGAGGGCGGGUUGCUAGGAAAGAAAGAAACCACAGAACCACCAUCAGAGGCAGUUGCGUCCCCCAAAGCUGCCACACCACCAACAGAGGACACUAGAUUCCGGCGCAUCAUGCUGGGAAAUUUCGGCGACAUGCUUCGUGGCAAGGCGAAAGCCCAAGAGGAAGGUCAGAACCAAUAAGAUGUGCUUCUGUAAAAUAAUUUCUGCUCAUUCAUAUACUUCAGGUGAAGGUCACUGUUGGUUCCCAAAUAUACAACAACCAAACUUAACCCAUUAGGUGAGAUUAGCCACAGCUGUUUCCCGUAUAUAUCACAUUUUUUUAUCCUCUUACUCUAGUUUCUGAGAAAGAAGAUGAACAUAUAGAUAAACAUUUUGAUGCAAAAUUUUGUUGUGUUUUGAUUGUUUUCCUAAGCCUUGUGUCGAGAACAGAAGAGAGAUUUGAAUCGAGAGACGAUAAGAAUGUGUGAAUUGUUCUUUAAGUUUUGUGGGCUCUAUAGUCUGUGCUCAACUGACAUUUUAUGGUGUGUGUGAAUUUGAGGUGUCAACAAUUUUUUUUCCUGUUGUUUA